GACAACGGGCUCCCACGUAAUGUCCGGUGACGUAGGCGGAAAUGAGGGUUCUGAGACUUCCGGUGUACUACACGUGAGGAGAGGAGUGUGUGCGGAUCAGAAGACAUCAUGUUGGAUCGCGAUGAGGAUGAGAGUUUGUCGGAGGAUUCUGAUAUCGAUCCGUCUGAGCUGACCGAUAAAGAGCUACAAGAAGCCUUUGCUCAGGGAAAACUCAAGCCGGGAUUAAAUGUGGUUCUGGAAGGAAAACCGAAAGCGUCCAAUGAUGUGGAUGGACUAAGACAAUGCCUUCAGGAUCUCAGGAAAGAUCUGGAUUGGUUGGAGCGUCUGGAUGUGACAACGGCUCCGGUACCUGACAAGAAGGAGAAGAAACCGGUGGAGGCGGCUCAGAGCUCCGAAGUCAAUGCGGAGGAUGAUUUCCAGAGGGAAAUGUGCUUUUACCGACAAGCGCAGGCGGCUGUGCUCUUCGCUCUGCCACGUCUGGAGAAGUUGAAAGUUUCCACAAGGCGCCCAGAUGAUUACUUUGCUGAGAUGGCGAAGACGGACCAGCACAUGCAGAAGAUUCGACAUAAACUUCAAACCAAGCAGCAGGCGAUGGAGAAAUCAGAAAAAGCCAAACAGCUGCGAGCGCUGCGGAAAUACGGCAAAAAGGUACAAGUUGAAGUUAUACAGAAGAGACAGAAGGAGAAAUCUAAUAUGAUGAGCCAGAUUAAAAAAUACCAGAAAGGCCUGUCUGAUAAACUGGAUUUUCUAGAAGGAGAUCAGCCUCAAAAGAAAGCCGCUGGUGCACAAGGAAAGGGUAAAAAAGGACCUAGUGCCAAGAGAAAGUACAAAGACCAGAAGUUUGGCUUUGGAGGAAGGAAGAAAGGCUCGAAAAUGAAUACAAAGGAAAGUUUCAAUGACGUUUCGCGGUUCAAAUCGAACGUGGCACACGGGAAAGGUCCUCGCAGGCCCGGGAAGAAGGGCGGGCAGAAUGCCAAUAAACGGCCGGGUAAGACUGUGAGACAGAAGAUGAAGAAUAAAAAGAGAUAAGAAUCACCGCCGGCAUACAAUACCAGCUUGAACAUAGUCGCCAUUAUCCUCCGCCAACCGGAACGCGUGACUGAAUAUCGCCUCUCUGGGGAUUUGGACAUUUUCUCUAUUGUCACUAUUCUCAGUGAUGACAAAGGACAUACAUGACUGUAAUAGAUCUCCUCUGGAGACAAUGCUAGUCUCAAGCCACCAUUGUUUUUAUAUAAAAAGCUAUUUGUCAUUGGUUCUAUUAAAUAUAUAAGUAUAAUGUA